UUAUGACAGGUCCAUAUCCCACCUUUAUUCUAUGCACCUUGGUAAAGAUGAAAAAACAAUUGUUUUGAUGCCAUUUGUGUUGGCUGUGUUUGUUGCUGUUUUGCUCACAACAAUUGUGAAUUCCAGCAAAACAGCAUAAAGCGGUGAAAUAGUUUCGGUAGACCGGGAAAAAAGCAGCAUUCGAAAUGGCUUCGAUCGAGCCCAUGCAAAACAAGACAUGGGAUUUGUCGCUGUACGAACUGCAUCGUACGCCUCAGGAAGCCAUUACGGAUAAUACGGAAAUUGCCGUAUCGCCCCGUAGCUUGCACAGUGAACUGAUGUGCCCGAUUUGUCUGGACAUGCUGAAGAAAACGAUGACCACCAAGGAAUGUCUGCACCGUUUCUGCUCGGACUGCAUCAUUACGGCGCUACGGUCCGGCAACAAGGAGUGUCCGACCUGUCGCAAGAAGCUAGUUUCGAAGCGAUCGCUGCGUCCGGAUCCAAAUUUUGAUUUGCUCAUUUCGAAAAUUUACCCCAGCCGGGACGAAUACGAGGCACACCAGGAACGGGUGCUGGCAAAGUUUAACCAAAGCCACUCGCAACAGGCGUUGGUACAUUCGAUCAACGAAGGAAUAAAGCUACAGUCACAGAACCGACCGAACAGGAAACAGAAGGGUGAAAAUGAUGGACUGGGCCCGUCGAAUGCUAGUUCUUCCUCAAACUCAACCGCUGCACCUGCAGCAUCAGCUCCAGCAAAUGCUAACGGUACUAGUGAGCCGGGUAAAGAUAGCCAACCAACAGGCACUAAUGCUACCACAGCUAGUUCUGGCAACACUGGUUCUGCUGCUACCGGUGGUGCAGUUAGCGGUGGCGGUGGCGUAGGUGGUGGUGGUGGUGGCGGUGGAAGUGGUGGUUCAACGGCCGGAGGAGACCAGAUGCGCCAGUCCUCCAAUCCACCCUCGGUACGGAGCACCCCGUCACCGGUCCCUUCGAACAUUAGUUCAGCGAGCAAAGCCAAACGUCCUCGUUCGGUAAUGACGUCGGAACGUUCGGAAGAAUCAGAAAGCAACAGCGAAAUGGACAUGCGAACGGAAGAGAACGACUCUAAUCUCGACACGGAAGGUGAAGGCAACUCCGAGCAUGGUAGUGACGAAAUAGAGCUCGUCUUCAAGCCGCAUCCAACGGAAAUGGCCGGCGAUAAUCCGUUGCUAAAGGCGUUGAAAGAAAAUUCCAUCCGAUACAUCAAAACUACAUCGAAUGCAACGAUUGACCAUCUGAGCAAAUAUUUGGCCAUGCGUUUGACAUUGGAUUUGGAUCCGGCCUUACCGGAAACGUAUCGCCUGCUUAACUUCUGCAUUUACAUAGCACAGCAACCGAAUCAGCUGGUAGUACUUAGUGGCAACCAGACACUCCAGCAAGUGAAUGAAAAAUUCUGGAAGGUAGUCAACAAGCCCCUGGAGAUGUAUUACUCGUGGAAGAAAUCCUAGAAUAUCCAUCGACAGCAGCAGUAGUUGCUAUUCGAACAACAAUGUAUGCUAGCUAUUAAUUGUGCAUUGACCAUGAUAUACAUAAUGGUGGAACAUAGAGGUAAGGUAACUAAUAAAGAAAGGCCGAUUGUGCAGGCAAUCGCAUUUCAUCCCGUA